CGGCACCACACAUUCGAUUCAAGUGCCGCUCUCACAUGUCGUCGACCUGCCCUGUGAUCGAUAUCGGCGUGAACGUCCUCAACAGACAGUUCCAGAAGGACCUCCCGCGAGUUCUCAAGCGCAGCGCCGAAGAGAAUGUGCACACGAUCAUUGCCACGGGGACCGACAUGAAGGUGAGUGAGCGGUCGAUUGCGUUGAUCCGCAAACGACGAAACAUCCCGUUGCCUCGGCUUUUUUGCACUGUCGGGAUACAUCCGCACUCAGCAAAAGAUGCUGUUCCAGAUUUUGCAAAGCGACAGACGGACCUCAUCGAAACAAAUCGCGAUGUCGUCGUGGCGGUCGGUGAAUGUGGAUUGGACUUCAAUCGGGACUUCUCUCCCCGCACCGUGCAAAUCGAAGUGUUUCGCCAACAAGUUCAAGUCGCAUGCGACCUCCACUUGCCCCUCUUUUGCCACGAACGUGAAGCCCACACCGAAUUUCUCGACGUUCUCGUCCCGUUUCUUGAAACGGGGAAAUUGCAAGCCUCACAGGUCGUUGUCCACUGCUUUACUGGAAAUGCUGCUGAGCUCAAACGAUACGUUGGACUGGGGUUCUCUAUCGGGCUCACCGGCUUCGUGUGCAUGUCUCGACGCGGCUUUGAAUUGCGUCAGGUGAUAUCCAUGAUCCCCUUGAGCCAGCUCAUGGUCGAGACGGACGCCCCGUUCAUGCACCCCAGCCAAGCAAAGCAGCGAUGCGAGCCUCAUCACAUCCACGCUGUAGUUCAAACAAUUGCUGAAUGCAUGGGUUGCCCCGCUACCGACGUCGCUGCAGCCACCACUGCCAAUGCCACGCGAUUCUUCAAACUCGAUGAGGCCGUGUUUCGCCGUGCUCACUCCGCUCCACGUCUAUCCACAGCGCAGUCGUACCCCCCCGCACCCCCACAGAUUCGUCUUGCCCCGUCUAACGGAAGCUAUAUUUCUGUGGACGGUUCGACGCUGGAAGGGGGCGGCCAAAUCCUUCGGCUGGCGUUCCCGCUCGCUGCGUUGCUUGGCAAAGACAUUCAAGUCCACAGCAUCCGUGCCGGCAGACCGAGGCCAGGCCUUGCCAAUCAGCACUUGUGCGGUCUCAAUUUGAUCGACUCGUUGAGUUGGUUGUGGAAUCUCUCCGGCCACGAGUUGCAAUCGACAAGGGUGUCCCUGGCGCAUUCUGAGGCAGGCGGCGCCAUCGUAUUCAAAGGAUCGAAAUUCCACGCGGCCAUGGAUACAGCGGGAGCUGUGACCUUGGUGCUCCAAGGGGUGCUCCCUCUGUUCGUCUUGUCAGAUCAGCCAAACCCCAUCGAGUUGACCCUGGUCGGCGGCACCCAUGGGAAAUUUGCACCCACCGCAGACUGGUUCGAACUGGCCUUUGCGCCCCUCUUGCAGCGCAUGGGAGUUUACUUUGACAUGAGAGUGAAUCGCUGUGGGUUCGUUCCGCGCGGGGGAGGCCACGUCACCGUGAUCUGCCCAGGCGGGGCUUCGUUGCCGCUGCGCCCGCUGUUGCUGGACACCCCGUCCCGACUAGUGCAGCAUCUCGUGUGCCGUAUCAUUUGCGCCACCGAUACCGAUGGCCGUGCCACAUGCGCAGCCCUUCGCAAGCAAUUUCGAUUUGCGUUUGGUGUUGGAACCAACGUCGACUGGACGGAAGAAGUCGUUGUGGACGGGGGACUCCAGACCAAAAAUGGCUCGAGUGGGCCAUACGUGCACGUCACGCUCUUCCUGGGCAACGGCAACAUCCUGACGGCAGGAGGACACCCGUCCAAGUCUGUGGACGCGGCCGUGGCCGACAUCGUCGCCGAACUGGAUCGCGUGUGGGACGGUGAUGCGUGCGUGGACGAACACCUGGCUGACAACAUCCUUGUGUACAUGGCAAUGGCGCAAGGAACGUCGCGGCUGCGCAUUCCCCUGGAAACUACGAGUCAGCAUGUUGAGGCUGCGAUAUAUGUCAUCUCGUUGAUCGCGAGAGCUCGGUUUCAUGUCGAAACCUGUUCCAAGAGUCGACUGGUGACGUGCCAUGGCAUUGGUUUUCAACCCAUGACGGAAUAAAAUUUACCAAGCGCUAGUGAAUACGGCAUGACCCACCGGCAUGUUUGUCAAAUUGCCAGUGAAAGGUUCGUCGGCAGCAGUCUUCGCAGGGACUUGACAAAAACUUCCAUCCACGGUUGUAAAUCCAAAGUUCAUCGCUUGAACAUCGAAAUGUAGCAUUUGCAUUGCGCGAACAAAUCAAACAUCAAGCAGCAUGCGCAGUAGGGUCAUCUUCCUUCGCCUUCGGUGCCGUUGCAAUCUACCUGCGACGGCGCACCAUACAUGAAGUGAUCAUCUUG